UCUAUCUAAUCCACUUGGUGCAACUUCCUAUUCCCAGUCAGAAGGACAGGACGGAUAACCCCAUUAAAGAAAUUAAGAUUCGUCGGACGUGAUGGACGGUGACAGUGUGGAUGCAAAGCCAACUCUGAAAGGCUCGGAUGGGCCCUCAGCCUCAGGCUCCACAGGGGUGUCCCAGGUGGAUGCCAAGCCACCAGCGGAUGCCUACCGAUACAGCAUGAACUACCCAUCUUUAGGCCACUGUGUCAUCAUCAAUAACAAGAACUUUGACAGAAGUACAGGCAUGAAUAUACGUAAUGGGACUGAUGUGGAUGCAGGCAAUGUGUUCAAGGUCUUCUCACAACUCGGCUACAAAGCCAAAGUCCACAAUGACCUCACAGUAAGGGACAUCACAGCGUUAUUACAGAAAGUUGCGAAGGAGGACCACAGCAAGUGUGCGUCAUUCGUGUGCGUGCUGCUGAGCCAUGGGGAUGAGGGGGUGUUCUACGGCACUGACCGAUCCGUCAAGCUCAGCGAACUCACCGGCCUCUUCAGGGGAGACCGCUGCAAGUCGCUCGUCGGCAAGCCCAAGCUCUUCUUCAUUCAGGCCUGCCGAGGCACAGACCUGGACAGUGGCAUUGAGACAGACAGCAUGCCAGAGGAGGAAAGCUCUACAGAAAGGAUACCCGUGGAGGCCGACUUCCUCUACGCUUACUCCACUGCACCAGGGUAUUACUCCUGGAGGAACACCGCCAACGGCUCCUGGUUCAUUCAGUCGCUGUGUGACAAGAUGCUGCAGUUCGGCAGGCAGUUGGAGAUUAUGCAGAUCAUGACGCGCGUUAACCACAAGGUGGCGCUGGAGUUUGAGUCUUGCUCCAACCUCCCAGGAUAUAAUGCCAAGAAGCAGAUUCCUUGCAUUGUGACCAUGCUGACCAAAGAGCUGUACUUCCCCUAGCGAUAAAAAAACAGCGAUUCGGCCAUUUGCGGAGGGAAUUGGACACAGGCCAUAACAUGCAUGGGACCACUUAAAGUUUGUUUUAAAUGUUUACAAAUAUGCUGCAGGAAUAAGCCAACUGUACUUCUCUUGCUGCCAGUGCCUCUGCAGUUGUGAGAUUUAAUGACCAAAUUCUUAAUAAUUAUUUGAAUUUUUUUAUGUUAGGGAAAGGGAUUUUAACAUCAGUAAUUUCAUUUGACUAGAGUAAGUCUAUCAACCCUUAAAAAGAAUAUGAUAAUGUGAAUCACAUGAAAAAAAUAUCCUAAAUCAGGAAUGGAGUUUUUAAAGCUCUGUUUUUAUUUUGUGGUAAUAGUGCUGGAUCAAUUUCAGCUUGGGGGCAUAGUUGCUAUGCUGUAUUUAUGAAUGAGCAAUAUAACACAAAAAAGGGACGUGACUUGAAUGGGUGGGUGAGGCUUUAGCGUGUGUGGUGGGUUAGAUAAUGCUGAAUACAGGGUGCUGCAAGAGAGAGACAAGCCGAGAGGGGGAGAUGAUGCCACUAUUUAUGAUUGUGUCUUUUUGUCUUGCUGUUGAGCACAAAUGGAUACCUAAUUUUUUUUUGUACUUUCACUACUGUAUUUUAACUAUCAAGAAAUGCAACACUGUUUUAAAUGUGCAGGGUUUUCCACCGAAAUAAAAUGUGUUUCUUUGAUG